AUGGCUACUACCACUACCAACAUCAACGCUACAGGACCACCAGACUCGCAACUCAAUCAUGCAGUUAUGAAUCGACUUGACAAAUUUCUCAACUCUGUCGAUACUAAACUAGAACGGCUAGAGGCCCUGCUUCCCGGCAACUGUGGAGCACAUUCCUCCGCAUGGCUCACCAAGGCAGAUAUCCAAAAUUCAUCCGGCUUCGCGGUAUCGACGUCGACAUCGUCGUCGGGGUCUUCGUCGGGCAGACCUCAGCGUCUGCACCGGCUAAAAAGCCGCGGGAAACAAAUCGUCAAAUGGAGCAAGUCUCAGGCUGCUCUUGUGCCCAACUACGCCCUGCGCAAAAUUUCUUCACAGUCUUCCAGCAACCUGGCGGUAGGCCCAUCAGCUCAAGACCUUGACGGAGAGACAGGCACAAUCUUGCAGCUCUACAGAUUUCUCAAAAACACGGUGGAGGAGUUCGGCACCGAACCAGCCACUCGUAACCAUCAUAAUGCUACUGCUGCUACUGCUGCUGCUGCUGCUGCUUCUACUAGUACGCCGGCUUCCGUCUCAGCUGUUCACUCAGUGUCUGACAUCGAUACCUCCCGUGUUGGCUUACAACGGAAAGAAGACACUCCGUUUGGGUCAGAUUCUGAUAUGAUCACCAUGAUCGAUUCCCCAACUUCCCAGCAAGCCUCUAACGUCAAGCGUUUCAAAGAGAUCUGGGAUAACCAUUUCCCAGGCUCCGCUGGCGGCACGGGAAAUUCAACAGGUGCUCUCUUUAACUCAUCGGCUGCCACUCUCGUGUCUUCUUCUUCCUCAUCUGACGACAUUCCACUCCUGCGGCCCGAUGUUGCUUCAUCUGCAUCAUCUGUGAAAGGCAGCGAAGGCAAUAAUAUUAGCUGGUCUAUAUCGUCGUCGCCAUCCACAGAGGAGCUUCUGCAUCAUCUGGAACUAUUAGAUCAGAGAAUCGAUGGGCUCAUUGACGACCCCAAGUCCGUCGCAACGUCUAUCAAGUUUCAUAACUACGCACAUGCCCUGCACAAUGGUAUGAAACGCCAUCUACAUUACUACGAACUUCCUUUCCCCUGGAGGGAAAACAGGUUUAUUAUUCAUGGAUACCGGUUUCAUGACUCUUACGUCAAGUCCUUGUUAUCUAUUUUCAACUGGUAUGGCUGGCACAACGAAACAGUCAACAUUUGGACCCAUCUAUGCGGUGCCAUUUACUUUGCAUUCAUACUUUUUAAAGAGUUCCCUAGAACGGCUAUCUACGGAUCUGACUUAGUUCCGACUGCAGCCAAAUGGGCCGCUUUUGCUUUCCUGUUCGCUGGGUUGGAAUGCUUUGUGUUCUCCGUCAUAUGGCAUACGUUCAAUGGUAUCUGCCACUUAAAUUCCAGAUCCAAUUGUGCCUGUGUCGAUUACACAGGCAUAACAGUGCUGGUAACUGCAUCGAUUCUCACCACUGAGUUUGUCACACUUUCCGGUGAUUCCAGCUCGCCCUACACAUGGUCUUUGCUCUUUUAUGCGACUGUCACAACUGGUCUUGGUGCUUUUGGCUUUUUUAUGAACUGGUCGCCAAGAUUUGACAGGCCAGAGUCUCGACCCUUAAGAAUCGCUUUUUACCUCCUGCUAGCGAGUUUUGGGAUCAUAUCUCAUGUGCACUCGAGCUUUUUUAAUCAAACUUCCAACGCUGCAGAAUUGAUCAAACCAGUGCUCAGCAAAUCACUUUGCUGGUACCUCAUUGGUGUUGUGUUUUAUGGGACUUUCGUGCCCGAGCGUUGGAGGACUGACGUGCAAUUGCCGGAUAAUAUUCCAUCAGAAGAGGAGCUCUCAAAAGAUCUCAAUAUUAUCACAAAAGACAGGCAUCUCCAUUUCCUUGUUGAGCCAGUUUCUCGUUGCGAACACCAGCACGAAAACGACAAAAAAAGCUUCUGGACACUUUGGUGGGUAGAUUAUUUCUGCUGUUCUCAUACUUUAUGGCAUGUUUUCGUGCUGUUGGGAGUCUUUGGGCAUUACAAAGCUAUGCUCGAAAUGUUCGAGAAGAGAUGGCUGACAGCUUAA